AAGGUGAGGCGCUGCUUGAAGAGGCGCUCGAUGCUGAAGUCUUUGAGGAAGAAAACCUCGUUGAGGUUGAGGUGAAGGCUGAACACUCUUUGAACAUGACUAACGCUCGUUUUUCUCUAUUUCCCAGAGAACAAAUGGCACCUAGACUUCCUCCUCCACCACAGCCCAAUGAACCUGAUGCGCUCAACAACACUAGGUUGUUGGAAACUGUGAUAGAACGGUUACAACAGCAGAAUACUACAUUGAUGGAACAAAACGCUACUUUAAUGCAGCAGCACGAGAAUGCUAUGCAGAGUUUGGAGGCCUCUCGCGCCAACUCUGAAGCUACUCAAAGACAGUUGAUGGAUAUUUUAGCAGCAACCAGGAAUACACCGGGGGCGUCCUCUUCUACCGCUACACCACAUGCUGAGUGGAGCUUGGAAAGUUUCCUCCAACAUCACCCAGCCAAGUUUAGUGGGACGUGCCUUCCUGAUGAGGCAGAUCAAUGGCUGCGUGACAUGGAUAGGGUGUAUAAUGCAAAGAGGUGCUCGGAUGAAAAUCGUCUGGCUUUCACAGAAUACCUUCUGACUGGAGAAGCGAGCCACUGGUGGGCGAGCGUGAGGGCUAUAUUGAUGGACGCUCACAGUCCUAUUACUUGGGAAGUGUUCAGAAACAAAUUCUAUGAAGAGUAUUUUCCAGACAGUGUUCGUUUCGCCAAGGAGGUGGAGUUCCUACAGUUGGUACAUGGGGGAAUGUCUGUUUCUGAGUAUACGAACAAGUUCAAGCAUUUGGUUCGUUUCAAUACCAUGGCGACCAGUGAGGAGUGGCAGUGUAGAAAGUUUGAAAAUGGACUGAGGAGUGAUUUGAAGGUGUUAAUUUCCAGCUUAUGUAUUCGGUCAUUUCCUGCAAUGGUUGAGAGGGCUAAAGUAUUGGAGAAAAAUAUGGCUGAGGCAGAACAACACAAGAAACAACAAGCAACUAGAGGACCAAUUCUACCAAGGACGAACCUGAAUCGGAAUAGGACACCGUACGCUCGUCCAGCUCAGACGAGUGGUUCUCAAGCUUUGGUGGUUGUUGGACAAUCAGGACAACAAGGGAUGGUCAGAUGUUUUCAAUGUGGGGGACCUCAUUUUAAAUCCGUAUGCCCUCAGUUGGUUGGAGGAAAAUAUUGCACUCGGUGUAGGAGAAACGACCAUCUGAAGAACGAGUGCAAUAUGGGCGGACGUGCUGUUAUGAGGCCACCGAACACUAGAAGGAACCAGCAAGGGAGAGGUGGACGAGCCCAAGCUGUUGGGCGUGUGUAUGCAAUUACGGGAGCGAAAGCAGCAAGCUCAGGUACGCUCAUCAUUGGUACCUGUUUAGUAUAUGGAGAACCAUGUUGCGUGCUAUAUGAUUCGGGGGCGACACACUCCUUCAUCUCGAAGGCGUGCAUUGAAAAACUGGGGUUAGCUGAGAGCGAGAUGCAAUUUGAUUUUGUGGUGUCAACCUCAGCGGUUGGUGAGGAGUUAGAAGUGAUUUUGGGAAUGGAUUGGCUGACUACCAAUCACAUUCUCAUAGACUUUGGUGCUAAGGAAUUAAUUUUUCCUGGAGAAGAUGAAGAAGACUUGAGUGUGACGCUUGGUCAGUUGAAAGAAGAUAUCAUGGAGGGCGCUAGCUGCUUUUUGAUAAUGACACACGAAGACAGGGAAAUUGGAGAUAAGAGUUUUGAACGAUCGUCCAACAUCAUUGGAGGAUGA